GUUCACACCGUCACGAAAAACAUGUGACUUGAAGAUACGACGGCUAUUUCGAAUUCCUUACGACCUGGUUUAUUCUCUUUCAUUCCAGCACUCUACCAACAUCAUGGCAUCUAGCAACAUCCUCGGUCGUGUGUCGCCCAAGAACUUGGGCGGGUCGCUCGUCGUUGACCGGACGGCCUUUUCCGCGAAAGACACAGUGGAGUACAUAUGGAAAGGCCUGGGUCUUCCCGAGGACUCCCUCCGAUCUCUUCAGGUCAGUGGAAAUGAACUAGGCCUUCCCUCAUCCUUUAAGAUAGCAGAUCUUGCUCAAGCAUCGAUUAGUCUUUCCGCUUUGCUUGCCGCUCAGAUUCAUGCCCUCCGCAACGCCAUCGCAACUCCGGUGGUGACGGUGCCUCGGCGGCAUGCUGUGAUUGAGUUCAAGUCGGAGAGACUUUAUUCGAUUUCUGGUCAGACUUUGCCUGACACAUGGGGUCCUCUUAGUGGAUUGUAUAAAUCCUUAGACGGACAUGUGCGGGCCCACGAUUCCUUUCCCAAUCAUCGCAACGGUGCAACGGCCCUUCUAGGAUGCUCGCCCGAUGCCGACCGCGCUGAAGUUGCAUCCAAAAUUGCAACCUGGCGCUCGGUAGACCUCGAAUCCGCAGCGUUUGAUGCCAAUGUGGUGAUCUCGGCUCUUCGCAGCUACUCGGAAUGGGACGCCCUCCCGCAGGCACGUGCCGUCGCCGACUUCCCCAUCCUCCUCCGUAAGAUCGGAGAUGCACCUACUGGUCUUCCACUGGAAAUGCGUGCGGCAAAUGCUGAUAAAUCCCUACGAGGCCUCCGGGUCCUGGAAUUCUCUCGUGUGAUUGCUGCCCCGUUGUCUGGGAGAACAUUGGCAGCCCACGGCGCUGACGUUCUCUGGGUAACGAGCCCGAACCUCCCUGAUUUGCCGGUCCUGGACCGUGACCUCGGCCGUGGUAAAAGGACAGUACAACUCGAUUUACUGACAGAGGAGGGCAAUGAGGAUCUCACCCAGCUCCUUGAGGGUGCUCAUGUCGUUAUUCAAGGCUAUAGACCUGGUAGUCUGGCUUCCCGCGGUCUCUCGCCUGACAUUCUUGCUCAGCGGUUCUCUCACCGCGGUAUCAUUUGCGCUAACCUGUCUGCCUACGGGCCUGCUGGUCCUUGGUCUGACAAGCGUGGCUUUGACUCACUGGUGCAAACGUGCUCCGGCAUGAAUGUGUCAGAAGCAGAACAUUAUGGUGCUGGCGAACCUGCGCGGGCAAUGCCAUGCCAAGCUUUAGACCAUGCAGCAGGUUAUUUCCUUGCAUCAGGUGUCGAAGCUGCUUUGUACAAGCAAGCUACAGAAGGUGGUUCAUGGGAGGUCAAUGUUUCCCUUGCUGGAGUGAUGAAAUACCUGCGAUCCCUGGGGCAGUUCCCUGGCAAAGAUGGCUUCCAGGCGCAGAACUAUACGUGUACGGCGGAUGUGCCCCGGGAGUAUCUGGAAACAAGAUCAACAGGCUUUGGUGAGAUGACCGCUGUGCGCCAUUCCGCCUCGAUCCAAGGGGUUGAGGUUGGAUGGGAUAUCAUGCCAAAGCCUCUAGGUUCGGAUGAGAAGAGGUGGCUCUAAGCCGCCGGGUUU